ACCAUUGUAUUUACUUAUUUAAAAAUAAAAAAAAUUUUGUUGACUGUCUUUUUAAUUAAUAGUUGGUUUGAUCUUCGUAACGCACGCGACCUUACUAGGAAAACACAGUUUGAAUGAUACGAGAAGUUUUGAAAUACGUUGAAAAGCAACCACAAUGAAAUGUGAUAAUUUUUUUUUCUUAUUGGUGUUGUUGAUCAGAUUCAAUCCACUCUAAUCAAUUAUGAAAUAAUUUUUCUCUAGAAACACUCAUGUAGAGUUUCUUAAUUUCGUACAGCUUACGUCUCUUGCGUAUUUUUGGCAUGCUUGCUAGGAUAGUGUUGUAAGAGCCAUUUCACAACAUACUGUUUUAUAAAUUGACCUGUCUAUGAAAUCUUAUGGAGCGGUGGUGUCAAGACCUAUAUGAGGGAAGAUUUUAACGACUUAGUUUUCCAAAAAAAAACAGAUACAAAUAAAAAUUUAGUUGGAUCAAUAAAAAUCUUCUGUUAUGUUAAUUGUAAACCUGAAGUCUAUUUAAAAGGAAAAGGCGCAUUUUUUGACACGCGUGAUAUAAUAAAGUGUAAGAGAUGGUUACAAUUACUUAAGCAGCGUGUUAACGGGAUUCGUGUCUUUUUGAAGUUAUUUAAACGGAUUUCGAUAUUUUUGGUAAAGUUUUUGUACGUAUUGACUAUAAAAAUCAUUGGCGAGGAUUGACGUUCUCAUGUCGUUUCCUUCUAGUUAUGUAUCAUUAAUAAACUCAAUACCUCUCGCUAAAUUUCCAAUAAUCCACAUUUAAAAAUUUUUUAAUUUAAGUGUGCUGUUCAUUUGUUUAUUUUUUUAACUCGCUAUAAAAAGAGACUUUUACCGUUUAUACGGCACUUUAUAAGAAAGGUUCUUUUUAGUGAUUACAGUCAAUACUUAAUUUUUUUUAUUUUUCUAUAAAAUUAAAUGGAUAUUUUUUGUUGGUAAAACAACAUGUUUUAAAUAAUGAGUGAAAAUAGCUAACUUUGGUUAACUGUUUUUCAAAAAAUGGUAUUAUACAACAAUUCAGAUGGUCAAUGUUCAUCGCUUGAUGUCAACAAUAAAAACGCAGAGUCUUUGUCGGAAAUUGCGUCCAAUAUGCAAUCCUUUGGUUCAUCAAUGUCUUAUGCUCUACACAAUCCUACGAACGUCAAAGAAUGUCAUACAAGAAAGAUAGAUGAAGAUGAAGCUCGAUAUGUUAGUACACAAGUGAAUGAACAUGAUGAGGUGGUUUCAAUUGAAAAUGAAGAUGUUUUAUUAACUAACACAGUAGUUGCUGCUAGUCCUUUAAAAAAAAAAAGCUCCAAGGAAAUUUCGAAUGAAACAGAUUUAUUGGAUGGAGAUAAUGUAACAAAAGGACAUUUCAAAAAGAGAGUUCCUUUAAUUGUAUCACAACAGGGAACGAAUGAUAAUUUUUUUCACCGUCGCCAUCGUCAAGGUCGAUCAAAAACAGGGCCGACGUCUACAAUUGCGUUCCCAUGCCGAGUGCCGCGCGGUCAAAUGAUGAAGACAUGCAAUAUAUCUUCUUUUGGUAACGGAGCAACAUUAAUACCCUUAAAUAAACCUGUGGAAUCAGUGGAUAGAACGGUCUCGCUAGAUCCAGUAAAUGGUAAAACAUCUUUGAAACAUCAACGUAAUGAAUGGAUAACAGUUUUCAAAAGAAUGUUUCGUGAUUUAGCGCAAGAAUCGGAUACAACAAAACAGACCAUUGAUAAAGAUUUUUUUCUAGAAUAUUUCCCAUUACCGGGAGUUAUUGGAGAAAGACUUUUUGAUUUGUUUGAUGUUGAUAAAUCCAAAACAAUAGAUUUCGAUGAAUUUUUCCGCGGCCUUUCUAUAAUUUAUAAUGGAACACUGGAAGAAAAAAAGCGCUUUUUAUUUAACAUGUACGAUUUAGAUAAUAAUGGCCGAAUUUCUCGUGCUGAAGUAAGUGCUUUAUUAUCACAUAUACCUGUGGCAUUCAAAGUUUUACAACAAGUGGCUCAAUGUCAUGCUGACGCUGUUCAACCUUGUAUCAAUGCAGAAGACACGCACCCCAUUGUGCAGAAAAAGUAUCCCUCUAAAACGUUAGAGGGUCACAUCAAUUCAUUAGUUCAAUCCAUUUUUUCUGAGAAUUCUAUUGAGCACCAUCCAACACCUUCUUUUUUAGGCGCUAAGGAAAAAGAAGACACUUCUGAACUGAGUUUUGAUGAAUUUUGUGUAGCCUUAGAGAAAAGCAAGGAGAUUUCAGAUGUUUUAGCACUCUUUUAUGAUGACGCUAUGCCAGAUUUACCUAUACCAGUAGAAGCUUUCACGGUUUCGUCUUUAAAAGAUACGAAAACACUUUUUUCAACGUGUAAAGUGGAUGUCACUCAAACAAAAGAAAAAGGCUGGUUUUUUUCAAAAAUCAUUCGUUUCUUUUCUUAUUUCAACUGGAUAAAGUUCUCUAACACUCUUCCGACUCCACAAGUGGAUUAUUUCAAGACAAAAGACCAGUUACAGACUACUGCAGCAAACGACGAUUCUUCCUUCCAUUGUAAAAAGGCUUUGUCCUCUAUGACAGUAGAACAAAAAUAUAGUUGGAGUGAUUUUUAUGAUAUGCCAAACUCGUUGAAUUUACAAAUACAACAUGCACCUUUUCAAGUGGCAACGUUAUCAGGAUGGUUAUACAAAUUAGGACGUAUCUUCAAUGUGAAAUGUUAUCGAUUUUAUGUCCUGCGCGAUCAGUUUCUCUAUUAUUUUACAUCCAAAAAUUCUUUAACACCACGCAAUGUUAUGUUUUUACGCGGAGCACGCGUGUCUUCGGUGUGUGUGACAGAUCAGAAACGUCCAACGUUUGCUUUUGAUUUAAAACUCUCGUAUCAUAGGCAGAGGUUUAAAAGGUUUUAUGCUCAAAAUCGAGAGGAAAGAGAUGAAUGGGUUGACACAUUGUCACGUGUUGCAUGUACCAGCCGUUUUCACGAAGAAUAUUUUAUCCAGAAAUUUUUAGGGAGGGGAAGGUUUGCAGUUGUUUAUGAAGGAAUAGGAAAACGAACACAAGAGCUGGUGGCAAUCAAAAUUAUUCCUAAAUCACUUCAUAGUAAAAAGAAAAGAAAUAAUGCUUUUUUGAGAACGGAAGUUUGUGUAUUAUGGUUAACUCAGAAGCAUCCCAACAUUGUACGUCUUAUCGACGUUCACGAAUCUUCUGAGCAUGUAUACGUUGUGAUGGAAUGGGUUUCGGAUGGUGAUUUAUCAACAUUACAAAAAGAAUUUUUGAGUCAUGAAAAUCAUACUUGCUUUUGUUCUACCAUAACAUCGCGUUCCACUCCUACAGUCAUAACAACAGAAAUACUAGCAGAAAUUGUUGCUUGGACAGUUGCACGUGGGGUAUUACAAGGUCUUGCUUGUUUACACCGUUACAAUAUUGUGCACCGUGAUUUGAAACCAGAAAAUAUUUUACUAGUGUUUCGAAAAGACAAUCCCCAAACCUGUUUAGAAGUUUCAGAGGGUUGUGCUAAACAAUCGAUCGGUGACGUACCCAACCAGCGUGAACUGUGUCCUUGUCGCGCUUGCGGUUUAUGCUGUAAAGUGCGAGCAUUAAGCACAGUAAAGUUGACGGAUUUCGGACUAUCUGCAAUAUUGAAUCCUGAAGGAAGAGCGCAAGAACCUCUAGGAACUCUAUGUUACGCAGCACCUGAAGUCAUUGGCGCACGUCCUUAUAGCAAACCCGUGGAUUUAUGGGCACUUGGUGUUGUAACAUAUCAUCUUUUAAGUGGGUACCGACAGUUGCCUUUUGAUAGAUCCCAAGAAGAUCAAUUAGCAAAUUGUAUUGAUUCCGCUGAUUAUUCUUUCGAACCUGAAUCUUACUGGAAUCAAAUCUCCCCAACGGCUAAGGACUUUGUACGCACCCUUUUACGUCAUACUCCAUGCUUACGUCCGACAGCUGUUGAAGCACUACAGCACGCAUGGUUCUCAUAACCUGAAGAGCGACAUCAUGUCGACUCCUUUCCGGGGUUGAACUCGCUCACGCGACAC